AUGAGCUUUUGGUGGUCGCGCACAAUCUCAAAACCCUCCCUACAGCUCGCUACGACGGCCGUUGUAUCAGGUGCCAUAGUCGCAGGCGUCAUUCUCGGUUACCAACAAUUAAAGCAUCGGGAAAAGGUCGAGGAGCUCAAACGCGAGAUCCCAGCCUGGGCUACAGAUGGCGAGCAGAAAAAAAUGAAGCUGAUCGGCUUGGACGUCAUGGCGUCAGAGCCUCAGUUUAUUAGCAAGGAAGACCAACGAAGCGUUGCGCUGGCCGAGAAAGCACAGCGAGGAAAUUACUCUGAUGAACUAAUUCUCGAACAGUUAGCGCGAAAUCGCGCAUUUCUGACAGAUUCUGGCUUACAAAAAUUCCGCAACGCCUUCGUCAUCAUCGUUGGCUGUGGCGGUGUUGGCUCGCAUUGUGCUUCAGCCCUCGUUCGCUCCGGUAUUUCCCGGAUCCGCCUCAUUGAUUUCGACCAGGUGACGCUUUCGUCCUUGAAUCGACACGCUGUAGCUACUCUUGCCGACGUUGGCACACCCAAAGUCGUGUGCUUGAAGAAGCGGCUACAACAGAUUGCACCCUGGGUUCAAUUUGAUUUACGAAACGAGCUCUAUCAUCACGAAUCGUCUGAUAAGCUUCUUGCAGAAUGGGAGGGAUAUUAUCCCGAUUUCAUAGUGGAUGCUAUUGAUAAUAUUGAUAGCAAGGUGGCCUUACUUAAGUAUUGCCAUGAGCGGCAGCAUUCCAUCAUCUCAUCUAUGGGGGCGGGUGCCAAAUCAGACCCAACCCGAAUUUUUAUAGGUGAUAUCUCUUCCAGCACAGAAGAUCCACUAUCACGUGCUACCCGCCGUCGCCUCAGGGCUGCCGGCAUUGUUUCGGGUAUUCCAGUUGUCUUUUCAACCGAGAAACCCGGUCCCGGGAAAGCUCAGCUACUACCUCUCUCCGACGAACAGCAUGCCCAGGGUACUGUUGGAGAACUUGGCGUCCUUCCUGACUUUCGAGUGCGAAUACUUCCUGUGCUUGGUACUAUGCCGGCAGUCUUCGGAUAUGCUGUUGCGAACCAUAUUAUUCUACAAAUUUCAGGCUAUCCGACAAACUACGUUAUGGCCAAAGGGCGGGAGAAAAUGUACGACAGCAUCCAUGCGCAACUUCAGGGUGCCGAAGAGAAGCUUGCCCGAGCUAGAAUGCCUGGUGAGGCCGCACGUGGUCUUAAGUUGCCUAUCACAGCCAUGGACGUUGGCUACAUUGUUGAAGAGAUAUUUAAGGGGCGGAGUGCCAUAAGCCGCCUUCCAACUCGCCUCGCUCUUGUACGCUGGCGAAAACCUGAGGCCAACUUCAUUGACCAGUCUGUUCCUCAUCAACUCGCAAGCACCCUCACACUUCGUGAUCUCGUCUGUUUGACAAAAGAAGAAGCGAUCGUGCACACCCGUGAAGUCCACGAGGGUACCAAAGCGCCCGAAGAUCUUUAUUCACCCCAUGAAAUCGCUUAUGUUGAGGCACGAUUCCAAGAAGAAAUUCUCUUUGAAAAGUAUCGGUAG